AUGAAAGCGAGUGCUACUGGCGAAACAACCGAGGAUCUCUUGCAGAUCGAGCGCGAGAGAUUGGAAGCGUUCAUGGCAGAGGUGGAGAAACGAUUUGUCUUUGGUGAUGUGAUUCUGAAAUGCAUCUAGGCCUUGGGGGAUACCACACCUGCAGUCCACGAGCUCUUACUCUUCAAUUCGCACCAGCCUUUGAUUCCGAAAUACCUCUACGAUGACUGCGACUUUGAUGAAGAGUGGGAUAGGCAUGAGAGAGACAAAGACGAAAGAGGCGCCAAUGCGGCGCCGGCCAGGGACAGCGAGGAGAGGUGGUUCGAUGAGGAAGAGGAGAGCUCACUACCGGACACCAAAUCUGACGCUCGGUACUCGCCAGACUUUUGA